AAAACGCGGCCCAUUUUGCCGAGUUUUCGCCGGUUUCGGCAAACUUUGAAAACGCAUGUGAACCGCCCCUCAUGUGUGCGCUUCUCAUCCUUCUCGAAGUUCCCAAAAGUGCACUAACUUGGUUACUGUUACAGCUGUCCUAUGUCGUGCGAACGCCCCGAAUGAGGCCCAAUGCCAAUGGAGGCAGCGCUUGGAGACGCAUGCUCCAUGCUGUAGGGGUUUCAUCAUUUGGUGAAAGACUAAGUCCUGCUCUUCCACUGUCGGGUUUGCUCAAUGGCGUCUGUUCUGGCAGAGUCCGCCCCGCUGUCGCAGCCAUCGUUCUCUUUCAUUAAACCGAACCCUCUGGACGGACGUGCAGACAGCGGCAGCGCUUUGCCAGAGAAAGAAGUUGGAGAACCUAUGCCCGUCAUAGAUGGCCCAAAAAAGAUCUUCCGUCGAUCGUUGACCCCGCGAUUGGAGUAUAAGGCCCUCUUGAGUCGGGCUGUCUUCACAUACGCAUGGGGCCGGGGUGAUUUGGGGCAGCUCGGUUUGGGCGUAGAAAGCAACGUGGACGUCCCAACUCUCGUCAAGGCGCUCGCUGAAAGAAAUGUGGUUCAUGCUGCAGCUGCAGAGUAUCACUCUGCAUUUUUGACAUCCGAUGGGGAACUGUACACAAGCGGCUCAAAUGACACCGGCCAGUUGGGCGUGAAAGGGCGGGAAAGCGCAGCUGAGCCGGUGCGCGUGGCUGCACUUGAUACGUACACCAUCACGCAUGUCGCUUGCGGAAGAGGCCACACUGUGGCCGUAACUGAUCAGGGUGCGCUGGCGGCAUGGGGCGAGGGCGACCAGGGCCAAUUGGGCCACCGGGAUGCCAUGGGGUCCACCGCACCUGUGCAGCCCAAGAUAGUGAAGGGCACACGCGAGCUCCGUUUUGUGAGGGUCGCCUGCGGGGCGGCACACACACUGGCGCUGACAGGAAGCGGCGAGGUAUAUUCUUUUGGGCAGGGUCAACUGGGCGCGCUAGGUCAUGGGGAUCUGGAAACCAAGCCUACUCCAACGCUGGUAGACUCUCUGUGGGGGUUGGCAAUCGUACAGGUUGCUGCUGGCGAGAACCACAGCGCGGCCCUCACAGUAGACGGACAAAUAUUCACGUGGGGACGGAACAAGUACGGUCAGCUGGGGCACAGUGACGGGGGCACGAUUUGCCGGCCCACGCGGCUGAACGGGCUCUCGAACGAGGGGGUAGUGCACGUGGCAUGCGGUGGCGACCAUACGCUAGCAAUCACCAGGAAGGGGGAGCUGUAUACGUGGGGCCGUGGACGAUGGGGCCAGUGCGGCCACGGGACCACGGACGACACUUUCAGCCCCACUCUAGUUACCGGGCUGCCAAAGGGGGUGCGGGUGGCGCACGCGUCAGCGGGCACGCGGCACACGCUAGCGGUUCUGGAGAAGGGGGACGUGUACGGCUGGGGGGACGGGGAGCUGUGCCAGCUGGGGCCGGGGGUCUCGGGCGUACAAACGACUCCGGUGAAGUUGCAAGGUCUGCCGCAGGACAAGCGGCUGCUAUUUCUUGUGGCCGGUGGGGACCACAACAUCGCCGUGUUCAGCCAAUCACAACAACCCGACAAGACCGUUGACUUGGAAGUGGUCCUAGAAGAGGUAGCAGAGCGGUCAGAGAGACCACACGACGGUGCCGAACCAAUGGACACCAGUGAACACCCGACGACUGACGCUCAGCCAGAACCCACCCCUUCGACGGAAUCCACUCGGCCAGCGGAAUCUGCUCCUCCUUCGGAACCGUCUUCCGAACCCGCAGCGGCAAGGAGCUCUUCCUCUGACGACCGAUUUGCGGUGGCGCCGUUCGAGCAGCCGCGGCCGUUAGAGCACCACGGGGCGGGGCUGCGACCAAUCACGAUGCCGCCCCUGCUGCAGAUGCUGGAGGCUGACAUCAAACCCGGUCGCGAAAUGUCCAUCCUAGGCAACGCGAUCGAAGACUUUUUCUCUUCGGGGGGGUUCCUUGAGUUUGGCUUCCGGGAGCAUGGGCCCCCCCAGCCCGAAGCCAGCACGUCGGGGAGGGACAGCGAAACACCGCCGGUUGACGUGGAGGCGAUUAAACGGGUGUACGACAGGAUACUCAAACUGUACGAUACAGAGAUGAUACAAAGACUGGGCAACAGCACGGUGCGGCUUCUCGACGGAUUGGCGGCGCACGCGGCCACAGUCCCCUCCGAACGAUGGGCCAAGAUACCGCUGAUUCUCAUGCAAAGCCCGCUUCUAGGGAUGAAAGGUCUCGGGGACCUCUCCUCCCGCCUCUUCGGUCUUAUCGCCCAGCUUCCUCACGAGGUGCAUUUCGCGUACGUCCGUUGGUUCCGGACGUAUCCAAAGGACAUCUUCGCCGGACGCUUUGUGCGGAGCGCAAAGAACUACAUAGAUACAAAGCAAAACAUGAUUGCCGCCAGCGAGCCCCCCGCCGACGACAUAGCAGCCGCAGUAAUGGUCCUUCGGCUUCUGUACAAAGCGAACACGCUAGGGGGGCGGCCUGAGAUCCUGCCGUAUGCAGACUUCCACAGCAUAACGGUCAGCCAGAAAGCCGCGCUGCGCGAGGAGUACCGUCGGUGGCGCCAGGUCGAGGGGGCGCCCGUCUCGAGGACCAAGCGGCUCGUCUCUUACUGCCAGGUGCCGUGGCUGCUGACCCCCGAAGCCAAGAGCGAAGUGCUGCAGGGGGAGGCCAAUCUGCAGAAGACACGGGAGCUGCACAAUUGGCAGCUGGGCCAGAUCUUCGGGGGCAACAGCGCGCCUUUCCUCAUCCUCCAGGUGCGGCGGAGCCACAUUGUGCCGGACGCGCUGGCGCAGCUGGGCCACCACACGUUCGACCUGAAGAAGCCGCUCAAGGUGGUGUUUGUUGGCGAGGAGGCCAUUGAUGAAGGGGGGGUCACCAAGGAGUUCUUCCAGCUCGUCGUGCGCGAGCUGUUCGACGUGCGCUUCGGCAUGUUCACCUACGACGACGAGAGCCGCGAGUUCUGGUUCUCGCAAACGUCCAUGGAGUCCGAAUCCGAGUUUCACUUAGUGGGCAUCAUUCUGGGGCUUGCCAUCUACAACAGUGUGAUCCUCGACGUGCACCUGCCGCUAGUGGUCUACAAAAAGCUGCUGGGCGGGAAGCCGACGCUAGAGGAUUUGAAGGACGCGCGGCCCGCCGUGGGGCGCAGCCUGCAGAAGCUGCUCGACUUCGAGGGGGAUGUCGAGAGCGCUUUCGGGCUUGAUUUCCAGGUGUCGUACGAGAACUUUGGUGCCGAGGUAAUCCAUGACCUGAUAACCAACGGCGGCCAGACCCCCGUCACCAACGCAAACAGGCAACAAUACGUGGAGCUUUACGUCAAGUACGUGCUCGAGGAGUCGAUCCAGACGCAGUUCGACGCCUUCCGCAGAGGGUUCCUCCAGGUAUGUGGCGGCCCCGCCCUGAGUCUGUUCCGCCACGAGGAGCUGGAGCUACUCGUCUGCGGACUGCCGCACUUCGACUUCGACGCUCUGUCCAAGGAGGCGCGCUACGAGGCGGGCUUCACCAAGGACAGCCCCGUCAUCAAAUGGUUCUGGGAGCUGGUGAAGGCCAUGUCGCUGGACGAGAAGAAGAAGCUGCUCUUCUUCACCACGGGGUCCAGCCGAGCGCCCAUCGGCGGACUCUCAGAGCUCCGCUUUGUCGUUCAGCGGAUGGGACCCGACACGGACAGGCUGCCCACCGCGCACACGUGCUUCAACGUGCUGCUGCUGCCCGAGUACGCCACCAAGGAGAAGUUGGCCGACCGGCUUCACCUCGCCAUCAAGAACGCCGAGGGCUUCGGCCUGCAAUGACACACGCCCCACUCUGCUGCUCCACGUGGCUUGUGCAUGAGGGAAACGCAGGUGGGGAGCGCAAGAGUAGGUGCAUGGAUUCGAACGGAAGGGUAUUUUAUAGAGCAUGGUGUAUAGUAAGAUAGUGUGAGACCGAAUACCUCUCGCUGAGCUCUAAGAUGAUGAAAAGCUUGCUGCCACCCGAAAGCAAUAAGGUUCUCUAAACGAAUGGAAACCAGGUAACAGGCUACUGUGCAAGUUCAAUGUGUGAAAGCAAUUGGCAUCGACUUUGAGGCAU